GGAGAUCAGUGAACUGGAGAAUAACCAAUGUUGUAUAUGUAUACAUAUAUGUGUUAUACAUAAUUUAACGUCAAUCAUUAGCACGGAUACCCUUGACUGAACAGUUGUGCAGCACCUACACUUACUAUUUCCGGCUCAAGUUGUAGUGGACAGAUUCACACUAUAGUACCAGCACAAAAGUCUUGAGCAACAGUUACAGACCGUGCAGCGGUUAUAUUGUGUAACGUUUCCUGUCGUCGACCAUUAGCCGGGUUUCACGCGUGUUUGACAGCCGGUAAAUCAGCAUUGGGUAAAUGGUCGAAAGAAAAGUACCAAAAUGCAAAAACAUACAUGAUUGGUAUUUUGAAAUCAAAUCCAUGAAUUUCCGUCUACAUAAACUGUGAGAUAUACGUUGACAGUGUCCAUGUGAAGAAUGCCAUCUGCUGUGUUAUAUAGGAUAUUCUCCAGGUGGCGAAGGCCUCACAUGUUUAAGCAUGAAGGUUCUAUGGGUGAAGGUCUGGACGAGGGAGACUCGGAAGACGGUCAAAGUGUAAUUGGAUCGUUUCCCUCCGAAGAAAGAAGGCGAUCAUCUUCAGCGGACAGUGAGAGUGCGCAGAGCUGGGACUUUAACUGGAAAGAUGUGAUCUUUGAUCCUGAUGGACCGGCUUACUAUUACUGGCUGGCUGUGAGCGCGAUGGCUGCGAUGUACAAUUGUGGGAUAUUAAUAGUACGUUUGGCCUUUCCUGAACUCAGAGAAGGGACGUCGUAUCAAUCACUAUUUACCUUUUGUGAUUAUCUGAGUGAUGUGAUUUACCUUAUUGAUAUUGGAGUACACCUGAGAACGGGUUACCUGGAGGAUGGUAUAAUGGUGUUGGAUCCCGAAAAACUGAAGCAAAACUACAUACAAAAGAAGGACUUUAAACUGGCUGUCUUGUCACUGGUCCCUGUUGGGAGUGCUGUCGUUGUUCUAAGUAGAAUCGGUAGCGUAUUUGGUAUAAGAGUCGUAGAUCAAGUCUACAGCCCAAUAACACGAAUCCACCGUCUUCUCAAAUAUCAUGUUGUGCCAAAAUUCUUUGAAAUAACUGACAGUCAAACCAGUAAUCCGAAUGUAGUCCGGGCUUAACUAUCCCUGUAUCUGUGGAUAGUUAUUCACUGGAUUGGAUGCUUUUAUUACAUGGUAUCUGAGUACGAAGGGCUGGGCAGCACAGAGUGGGUUUACCCGAGCAGUCCGGAUAGUCAAAGAUUGUCACGAAAAUACAUAUUGUGCUUUUAUUGGUCCAUGAUGACAUUAACAACUAUUGGUGAACGCCAGCCACCGGAAAGCGAUAUCGAAUACAUCUUUACCGGUUUGACCUUUCUGAUCGGGGUGUUCGUAUUUGCUGCUGUGGUUGGAAAUGUCGGUGAUGUGAUCAGCAACAUGAACGCCGCCAGACAGGAUUACGUUGCAAGGAUGGACCAAAUCAAAUUUUACAUGAAUCACAGAAAUGUGCCAACCUUUUUGCAAAACCGAGUUAAGAGAUGGGCCAAUUAUUCCUGGACUAGAACGCAGGCUAUUGAUGAAGCGAGUUUGUUAGAAAUGCUGCCAGAGAGGAUCCGAACUGAGAUAGCCAUCCACACCAACCUGGACACGCUGAAGAAAGUACAGAUAUUCGAGGAAUGUGAGGAAGGUUUGUUACAAGAACUCGUCCUCAAGCUCCGUCCACAGAUUUUCUCUCCACGGGAUUAUAUCUGCCGAAUCGGAGAAAUUGGGAGAGAAAUGUACAUAAUAAACCAUGGAAAAGUGGAGAUUUUAGUUAAAAACCCAGCCACUGGUGAUAAGAUGGUCGUAGCAACUUUAAUGGCGGGGAACUACUUUGGAGAAAUCAGUCUGCUGAAGCUUGACGCUGGUCAAAACAGGCGAACAGCUGACGUUAGAUCGGUGGGUUACUCUGAACUACUUUGUCUCUCUCGGAAGGACUUAAUAACCGCCCUCGUUGAGUAUCCAGACGCCAAAGUCAUCCUGGAGAAAAAGGCUCAUGAAAGGAUGCAAAUGAACAAGCAAGUGAGGCGAAAAAGCGGACCGGAUGUAGAAUCUGAGGAGGAAAACGUUCAACGGACAGCUCCAAAAUCAUCACGUGCCUUGGCAAUUAACCAGAAGAGUAGAUUGGCUGACGUCAUACGUUCCACUACGUUUCAAAAUUUAAUAUCAAAGCGAGGUAAAGAGAUGACAGAGUUAAAGGAUCUAAUCAAUGAGCUGAAAGCCUUCGAUAGUCAGGCAACAAAACUCAGGAUACAGCAGCUCUCGGAAAAGUGUGAAAGCCUUAUGGGUCAGUUACGAACCAGAGACACAGAAUUGCAGCAGGCCAUUAAGAGAAUUGCAGAGUUGGAGCAAGUCAUCCUUGGACCGGCCAAGAGAAAAUGGAUGUCAGUGGAGCUCAAUGGUGUAAAGGUUUCAGACGUAAGGGAAGAGGACAGUGAAGAUGCGGACAUGCAAGAUUUUGCGUUAGAUAUUUUUCAGCAACCAUCCGAGCGAAACGAAAACUGUGUGCACUUGGGAUCUCGCAAUCUCGCGGGAACCAACGGUAAUACGCAUCCUUCCAAUGGACAGUUGCGUCCUUCUAAUGGACUGUCUCAAAGCUGUCAUCUAGUAUGUACCGGUCCGUCACAACCUGCGAACGCCACUCAGUCACAACGUGUGACCGACCGGUUACAAACUGCAAAUGGUCAAUCACAAUUUGUGAAUAACCAGUCAAAACCUGCGAACGUCCAUUCACAGCUUGAGAACGUCAAGUCACAACCGGCGAAUAGCCGGAUGGAAAGUCUCACCAAUGAAACACAGAACAAUGGAACAGCUUCAGUUGUCCCAGAAAUAAACCAUAAUUGUGAGCGGACAGUGUCUAACGAUUCAGAGGACACAAAUUUAACGGAUGUCUUCGGUAAUGGAGACGAGAUCGACUUAAGCGAUGCUUUGUUUGCAAUGAUGUCAAUGGGUGAGAGCCAAUCUUUGAGCGAUGUGUCUAACAGUAACUCUGAAUCUAAUGCAAGCAGUGAUGUAGACAGUGACGCAAUGGAUUUGUGACCAAUCACGUGUGAUCUUCAGACUUUUUUUUCAUAUAUGGGGGUAUCUUCAUGGACGCAAGUUCAAGCCAUGAAAAAUGUUUUGAUACUCUCAUUCAGUGUCAGCUUAUGUCCAAACUCCAAAAAUUGGAUUGCUGCAUGGAAGAAUCCACUGGCACUACAUUUAUGUGUGCCAUACCCUCACGUGAUGAAUGUAUCCAUCAUAACCAUAUUUUUUUUUUCUCGUAAAACACAUUUUUGUUUGUUAUGUAAUGCAGGCUGUCGUAAAGGUAGAUUUGGGGCGAAAUAUUGUGAAUUGUAUUCAAAUUAGCAAAUGUGGAAAUAUUUUUCCAUUUACUGAACUCGGAGAGCAUAAAGAUAGUAAAAUAUUGCGUGAAACGCAAUUGAAAUAAUAUCAGUAGAAAAGUAUUGGUUUGUACAACGCAAUACUUAAAUGCUCAUUGUUAUUUCUUUUUGACCACAUUCUUAUCCAUGGAUAAAUUUUUUAAAGCGAGGAAUGUUUCAUCAUACAUUGAACUGAAACACCAUAAUUACUUUAUUUUGGCAUGGUCCCGUUUUAUGACAGUAUUUCUAUUAUAUGUGUUUUCAUAUUUGUUUCGAACUUCCAACAUUCCUUGUAUUAUUUUUCUGAGGUGGACUGUUAUAGCCCUACUCUGUGUUCUAGUCCAGUGGUGUUAAAUACUCAGAGAUUGUUAGAGUAUCACCGAUAUGUAUACUUACACAAUUGUGAGAUGUUUGGAUGUGUUGAUAACGCUACUUACAACAUGAAUAUUGUUAAUAUCUCAAACUGUUACAGAAAAUCUGAUAAAAUUUUUAAUCAAAUACGAUAUACUUGCCUCUCUUUACCGUAUUUAACGUUUGAUUUGUGACGGGAUAACAGCGACGCUUAAUACGUUGUAGUAUCUUUUGAACAAUGUUAAGGAGAAUUCUGACUAUAAAAUAGUCAUUCU